AUGUGGUCGUGCAUUGUCGUGCUGGAAGAUGACAUUUUCUGCGUUGAUGAAAGGUAUGGCGUGACGCCGGAGAAUUUCGUUGCAGCAACGUUGGGCUGUUGUGGGAACAAGAACACCCGUGUGGUGGAGAUCCAAGUGGUCAACCCUCCUGGCGAUGCCGACCCAAACGUUCGGAUUCCAGACGAGCAGAAGCUGCUGUACCACUUGAUGCGGGGUUACGAGAAGUCGGUGCGCCCGGUGCGGAAUGCCAGUUCGCCCGUCAACAUCAGAAUGGGCCUUACCCUCACACAGAUUCUAGACAUGGACGAGAAAAAUCAAGUUUUGGUAACCAACGUUUGGCUGGAUCAGGAAUGGGACGACGAAUUUUUGGUUUGGGAGCCCGAGAACUUUAAUAAUAUCACAAUGAUCAGAAUACCCUGUCACAAGUUGUGGCUGCCAGACAUUGUACUGUAUAACAAUGCUGCUGGCUACACAGAUGGGUUAAUGGCUGCCAAUGCUAUGGUGGGCUCCAACGGCAACGUCUUCUGGCCCGUACCGGCGAAACUCCAAAGUUCUUGUAAAGUGGACGUGACAUAUUUUCCAUUCGAUAUUCAAAAAUGCAGACUAAAAUUUGGUUCGUGGACAUACGAUGGAUUUCAGGUUGACAUCUUAAAUCGAACCUCCGAGGUAGACAUUUCUAAUUACGUUAACAAUGGUGAAUGGGACCUCAUAAGUAUAUCGAUAGUGCGGAACGUCGUGUUCUACGCCUGCUGUGAGGAACCGUUCCCCGACGUGACGUUCUUCAUCGUCAUUCAGAGGCGGACGUUGUAUUACAUGUACAACGUGGUGUUUCCCUGCGUCAUGAUGUCGGCACUCACGCUGAUGGUGUUCUGUCUGCCGCCAGACUCAGGAGAAAAGAUUGCGCUAGGCAUUACUGUCCUGCUAGCUUUCUCAGUCUUCAUGCUGGCAGUGGCCGAAAACUUGCCAGAAACAUCGGAAUUUGUUCCGCUUAUUAGUAUUUACUUAACAAUAGUGAUGGCGUUGACGUCGCUGUCGGUGAUAAUGACUGUAUUCGUCCUCAAUCUUCACCACAGAGGACCGGACAAGAGAGCCAUCCCGUCGACCAUCCGAAAGCUGAUGUUUGGCAGCAACUCCUCGCCUAGUGCGUUUCGGCAGCGCAACGACCGCUACAGGUCCGCAGAGGGAAACUUUAUUAGGAAUCUAUCGCUAAAAAUGACUUUAGAAAACAUUGCACACGAACUUAGAGAUGAAAGAAACAGAGAAAACGGCGUGCCGGAGACGCUUCCCAAUGAUACGCAUGCACACACUUUACAAGGCCCCGAGAAGGAGAUUAGGCACGUGUUUACGUCACCCGAUUACAGUCAUCAAAAACAUAUGAACUCCAGAGGUCGAAACAACCCACGUUCAUACGAAGAUGUUUUGUUAUCACUCACACGGAUAUUAGACAAACACGAAAAUGAGGAGAAGGACUACGAAAUAAUGCAAGAAUGGAGACGUCUAGCUCAGACCGUCGAUCGAAUACUAUUUUUUAUUUUCCUCUUUGGGACUGUUAUAUCAACUUUUGCCGUUUUAGUAAUAGCCCCCGCCACUCAGUAAAUAAUGUUUGUUUUACAAAAUGAGCAACUUGGGAAGAUUGUAUAUCUUACAGGCAUUGGUAGUGGAGGGACGGAGCAGGGCAG